CCAGCUUCCUCGUGUGCACUGCCUGCAAAGCGGAAAACGAAUUUUCACACAUUUCUGCAUCAGGAGACCGUUAACAUGGCAGCGCCUGGGAAUCGUGGUGUACCUGAAUGGGAGAGAAAAACACGUGUAUUUUUGUGCAUAUUUGGUUUUGUUUUGUCCAUUUAUGCCCUCCACGUCGAGCUUUCACGAGAGAGGGACCCGGAUUAUAGGGCGAUGUGCGAUUUGGCAGAAUCGGUGAGCUGCUCCAAAGUGUUCACCUCCAGAUGGGGUCGUGGAUUUGGUUUGGUCCAGUUUUUUGUUGGCAAAGAUAGCGUCCUGAACCAGCCCAACAGUAUCCUGGGCAUCAUUUUCUACACUCUCCAGCUGGCUCUAGGACUGUCUGUCUCUAAGAGGGCUGCGGUCUUCCUAGUCCUCUCCUCCUGGGUGUCUGUGGCGGGUUCGAUUUAUCUGGCAUCUGUGCUCGUCUUAGUCCUGGGGGAUUUCUGCAUGGUCUGCGUGUCAACAUAUGUCAUCAACUUUGCCCUGCUCUUCACCAAUCUGAAACGAAGGAGAGGACUCGAAGGAGCCAAACAUAAAUCGGCGUAAAAAUCUGAUUCAAAGAAGGACUUUGGUGACCUCUUCUGCCUUGUCCACUUUGCGGGGACGGGGCAAAUUAAUCCCUGAAACUUUGUUCUAUAAGCGUCGACACCUAUUAAGAAAACCGAGCCUAUUCUGUCCACGCGUAUGUUACCUCAUGCUGCAUGUUGUCUGAUGUACUAAAGGCCUAGUUGGUUAUAAAUCAGGAUGGUAGAUAAGCUAUUGACCGGUAAGGAAUGCAUCAGUGUUUACACAGAUUUCAGUCAUGGGAUUCAUACAGUCACUCAAUCUUGCCAGUAGAUGGCGCCAAAUAGAUUUUUUUUUUUUUGUUAAGCGAAGACACAGUAGGUGGAGAUUGUAGUAUUUAACCAGUACGGACAAUUGUAGCUGGCGGGGGCCCUUCGUGUCCCAGUUCAGAUGGUAUCCUGAAACGUUAGUUUCAAUAUAAUGUCAAAUCUAAUACAUUCAAAGUGUAUGACGUCGGUGUUUCACGUCAAACUACAUUGUCAACAGGCCGCAUGAAUAACAUUUGACUUCCGGGUGGAUUGAUUCGUUUGUCAUCUGCACAUUUUCAGCUACUACCGUUUACGUUUUAUAGCACGGUCAUUAGUGAGUAAUUAUUUUAUUGGCGUUGUUAAUUCAUCAUCGGUUGUUAUUUUGCAACGCGUGUUUUUAAGCAGGUCACAUUCUACACGACCUCUCGGUCAGUGUGUGAAACCAAAUGUUUCUACUGUGCCUUCUCCUAUUAAGUUGGACCAUCAGCAAAGUAAUCUGUACUUUAUCACUGUUUUCCGAUCCGUCACAUUAAACCGUGUUCAUGUAGAUGUUGUUCUCCAUUCAUCCAUUUACCCAGUCUGCACUGAAGCAUUUACACCCCCUAUACUGACCAAAGAUUAGCCCUCAGCUCAGCGCUGCGUAGACAAGAAUAGGUCAUGUAAAUGCUUUUGUUGGGACUUCAUAUAUGUGAGUUCAUUGUGGAGCGACUGACAUCAAACCAGUAGAUGGUUUGGAUGUCAUUAGGCUUGAGACCGGUAAUAAUGUGCAGGUCUUUUUCCAUAUAUUGAAGUUAUAGUUGAGUUCAAUACACUGGCAUUUAACUAUAUUCAUCUGAAAAUGAGGCCUUACUAUGGAAGAAUAGUCACACAUUCUUAAUCAAUUCUGCCUAUUUGAGAUUUCCUGAAUGCUUUUUCAUUAAGUAAGAUGGCACCACUAAACAAGUAUACAUUUCCAUGUCUAUGUAUUUGAAUUGUUGAGAAUGGCACCUUUUUUUUCUGUUUUUUUUUUAAGUGAACUGUUACUGCGUCUAUGGCAGCCUAUACUACUAGCGACAUUGCUUUGUCGAUGUGUGCAAAAUAAAAUGUUUAA